CCGCUCUGCCACCGGCUACCGCAUAACUCCAGUAUGGGCCAGGAGAGCUCGACGCUGACCUCUCAUCAAGUGGAGGAGUUGCAACUGACAACCAGCUUCACGGAGGAUGAGCUGCGGCUGCUGGCCAAGGGCUUCAAGCGGCUGGACGCCAACGAGGACGGCCAGCUGUCCAAGGAGGAGUUCCUGCUCAUUCCGGAGCUACAGAUGAAUCCGCUGGUCUCGAGAGUGGUGGACAUCUUUGACACGGACAACGACCAGAUGGUCUCGUUUGAAGAGUUCAUCACGGGCCUCUCGCUCUUUGCUAUGCGCGGCGAUGAGUCGCGCAAGCUCCAGUUUGCCUUUAAGGUCUACGACAUGGACGGCGACGGGUUCAUCUCGAAUGGUGAGCUGUUCCAGGUCCUCAAGAUGAUGGUUGGCACAAACCUUAACGACAUCCAGCUGCAGCAGAUCGUCGACAAGACCAUCAUGGAGUCAGAUCUGGAUGGCGACGGCAAGAUCUCGUACGAAGAGUUUGAGCAUGCCAUCAACUCGGGCGCGACCAUCGACCUCACCGAGCAAAUGGUCAUCGCUGUCUCGUCCAACGAGGAGUGAUGCGCAUGCUCGCACACUCUCGCCCUGGUCUCACCGCGGGGCGACGACUGCUCUUGCUCUCGCUCCCUCUCGCGUGGCAAGCUUUACUGCCACCGAGCCACGCGUUUACUACCCCGGCCACCGUACGCUGUCCCAGCGACGCGAACACCAAUCGGUCUGUGUGUCGGUCGGUUCUCGCAUGUACCCCUCCCCCCCCCC